AUGGUACCAUGGGAUGAUUCCUCGGAAGGAAGUCGAAGAUAUGUUAAAGGUUUAUCGGCUGUUGCAUGUUUCGAGAAAAACGGCGCGUUUGGAGAGGUGAACUUGGGAAAGUUAAAGCUUAAAACUGGAGAAGAAAUAGAAGUUGCCGUAAAAGUGAUCAAAGGCACUAAAGUAACCAAAACGCAAUUAUCGGCAUUUUUUGAGGAAGCAAAACUUAUGCGCCGUUUUGAUCAUCCGAAUAUAGUGCGUUUUUUUGGUGUGGCACCACAAGAAGAACCGAUUAUGAUCAUACUAGAGUUCGCAUCUGGUGGAUCAUUGAAGGUACCCCAUCGCUUGCAAUAA